AUGGCUGACGAUAGCUCGCCGGAUUACAAGGGCCUCUUGCAGCGAGCAGAGGAGUUACUUCGGCAGGCGGAAGAUCGAGAACGACGGGAAGCAGAGUUACGCAGGCAGGAAGCAGAGCUACGCAGGCAGGCGGAAGAUCGAGAACAAUGGGAAGCAGAGCUACGCAAGCAAGCCGAAGACCGAGAACAACGGGAAGCAGAACUACGCAGGAAGGCAGAAACACAAACCCAACCAACAGCUUUUCGAGAGUUUGUCCAAGCUUGCCAUGAGUUGUUUUCCCAACAAAUAGAAGUUGGCACGCCAACUAAAUCGACAAAGGGACAUAUCCCGGCUCCAACUGGAAAGUACUGCCCAACGCGACUUCGCCUUUGGUCGGAAUGUCCAUCUCAGCAGCGAGAGAUCUACAAUGCUGUCUGUGAUUACCUACAACCAGCGGGAAGAGAACCUGCUCGAUUGUUUGCAUCCCUUGCCGAAUUACAUGGCAUUAGUCGGCGUUUCUCUCGCCGAGUGCUCAGAAGUGAAAAAGAUCUAGAGAGCUACGAACGAUUUGCCGUGGAAGACCAUGUCCAUGAUAUCAUAGCGGAACUGUGCAAAAUACCAGCUGCCCAAGAGAGAUUCCGGCUCGGCAAUGGGAUUACAUUUGACAACCACGUGAAUACUCUGAACGAGCCUGAAGAUGCUGAUGAAGAAGUGUUGGAUGCAUCGAGCUCACAACGUCCGAGGGCAGAUCAAUUCUGUGUUCAUCGAAUUGACGGUACCACCAAUAUCUUGCUCACCACUGUUGAGUAUAAACCGCCACACAAGCUAUCUGUCGAAAACCUCCGAAAGGGUCUCCGGCCGAUGGAGUUUUGGAAAGAAGUCGUGAAUCGGGACGACAUUCCUGUCGGGAAGAAUGAAAAACUAAUAUACAACGCCGAACAGCUAGCCGGCUCGGUGUUGGCUCAAGAAUAUCAUGUGAUGAUCCAGGAAGGACUUGAAUACUCCUAUAUAACUAAUGGCCUGGCCUUGGUUCUUCUCCGCGUUCCAUAUGACGAUCCCAGUACUCUCUAUUAUUACUCAUGCGAGCCGAACAUGGAGGUAAAUGUGGACGAUUCUGCUAGUUUCCAGCAGCCUGCAACAACAAUUGGCAGGGCCUGGCGUAAUGCCGCGAGAUCCCAGCUACAUAUAUGGAAGACGAGCUUCGACCAUACGCGCUCACAGAUUCCUGACGAAGAACUGCAGGAAGCCCCACCAAAUUCAGAGUAUCCGAGUUCGGAAGCCACUGGCUCCGAAUACUUACCAUCCUCCCCAUUGGAGUCAACUUCAGAGCAGGCCCGUCGAAUCUCUUCCCGAUCUCAAGGCACAUGCGUGGACCCCGAGAUUCCUCAGAGAGAACCGAUGGACUCGUCUGAUUCUGAUACGAGCCCGGCAACUCACGGCCGAAAGCGAGGCUUCAGUCAAAUCAUGCCCUCUCCGCCAAGCCAACGUUCAGCAACACGUCCAGCGGACUCGACUCCCCCCAGUGAUCAACGCCAACAACACACAUCCCGUUUCUGUACACAGCGAUGUCUGCUGGGUCUCCAACAAAAGGGCACACUGGACGGUUCCUGUCCGAAUGUUCAUCUCCAUCGACAUGGCCAGGAGGAAGACCGGCAUUGUAUUGACGCUAACGAACUAGUUCAACUGCUGAAGGACCAACUUGAUAAGGAUCUUGACCACAACUGUACACCUCUCGGAGUUUGUGGAUCGUACGGUGCUCCAUUCAAGAUUACAUGCGCUGCUUAUGGCUACACGCUGGUUGGAAAGGGAACCACCUCCCGACUCUGGAAGGAAGUCUCUCGUGAAGCAGAAGUAUACGAGGUUCUUCGGAAGGUACAGGGACUUGCAGUCCCGGUGUUCCUUGGAGCAAUUGAUCUGGAUGUGAUCUAUUUCCUCCAUGGAGCUGGAGAAAUCCGGCAUAUGCUCCUUAUGGCUUGGGGGGGGAAGAAUAUAGGGGUGGGCGAGAGGUUGACUGAGAUCUCAAGGUCGAGGACACUCAUCCGCAAACUCGGAGUAGUGCAUGGCGAUUUGCGACUUCAAAACAUGUUGUGGAAUGACGAACUGGGUCGGGUCAUGAUCAUAGACUUUCAUCGAUCUGAAAUCCGCCGGCAAUUGAUAGGAGAGCGCGUCCAUUCUUCAAAAAGGUCACGUGAUAUCCAUGAUGCAGGGCAUUCUAAACGCCGUCGUCUGCUUUACACAUGAAAAGUUGUAUUGGUGAUGACGGAAUCAAGUACCAACUAUGGUCAAUGAGGCAACUCAAUACCUGGACGGAUGGGAAUAGUUGGGCAUGUUGACGUUUAUCUUGAUCGCAAAGUUCUUUUUCUAUCCACAUCGACAUCUCGAUCACAACGUUGGUGUUCGUUCACGAAUCAGAUUACAGAAACGAUCCGCAUGCCGAGCACUAUAUUCAUAGACUCAUGGCUUAUCGGAGUUACGAAGCAUGAUCAAACUUUACAGGAUAGACAACGACGGGUCUGUCGGUACUUGAGUUGUGAGGAGGAACUCAGAACAAGAGUGUCUGAUCUGCCGAAAGAGGGUCAACGAUCGUCUAGUUUCUUCAUUUGGUACCGCGCAGAGCCGGAAUCAACAUUCCCGUAUAUCAUAUGUAUCAUUGUGGUUUACCAGCAACAUGCUCCAGCAUAUCCACUACCAUACACGUUACUUUGUAAACCAGAGCCUAUUUUUGUCAGAUAACCGGGAUAUCCGGCGAUGUAGAAGAUAGGCUAUUUGAUCAGGUCAACCAGUCACCUCAAGCUACCUACACUUCAGCAAAUAAGGAGUCAUCUUCUUAUCAGGGCUCAAUAUAGCCCUGAUAGUUUACGCCUCAUGAUAGCUCACAAAAGACCCCGCCAAAAGUGUCUAUAAAGGACCCGGCAUUGAACCUGAUGUAUUAGACAGGGACAGAGAGACAGAACCCAAUAUACACACAAUCUUGCUAGUCGCUUCUUUUCUUUGAUCCUAGUAAGACACUUUCAGGAUUGGCCUGGAAUGAGCCGGCUAAUCCGACAAUUUUGAGACAUACGGUACAUAUUAUCUCCGUAUCAACAUUGUUCCUUGACUAUUCUACAUUUAGUUAGUCUCUUCUUGGCACUGUUUCGGCAGAAGGCGACGAGAGAUGCAGUCGUUGUUGAGUCUGCAAUCCGAUGUAUUGAAAAUGAACACCCUAUUAGGGGCUUGGCUGGUUAGGUGGA